AUGUCGACCGCACAGGAUUACUACUCGGAUGAGUGGACAGACACUGAUUCAGAAAUCAACUCAGACGACCUCAUGGCAAUCGACUCAGAUGAUGGCUCAGAUGAUGGCUCAGAUGCUGGUUCAGAUGACAGCUCGGAUGACGACUCUGACGACGGCUCAGAGCUGGAUCGUGAUGUUUUUGGCCCUCUCGUUGACAUUACCGAGGAGUCUAUCAUCGCUCUGGCCACUAGAGUUGCCAAAGAUGUGCUUCAUGUUGUCCCAGGCAAGGCAGAGCUUCUUAACACAGUUUCCGGGUCUUACAACAUCGUCCACAUUGUGCAGCUGGAAACAGUCAAGCUGGUUAUUCGAAUCCCCGCCACAGGCUGGGGUGAUGGAAUGACAAAGGCAGCAGAAGAUGCCCUUUCAUCGCAAGUCGCAACAAUGCGUUUCAUCAAAGAACAGACCGGAGCGCCUGUGCCCGAAGUGUACAGCUGGGACCCAACCAACAACAACGAGAUUAGUGCACCUUUCAUCUGCAUGAGCUUUGUUACCGGAGAGACCGUGUCUAGUGUCUGGUUCAAAGACUCAAUGGAUGAUGAGGCGCGAGAACAGCUUCGUCUCAACAUUCUGACCAGCAUCGCAACCAUCAUGGCCAAAUUCUCUUCCAUGACUUUCGACAAAAUGGGCUCCCUGAUGCAGGCAGAAGACGGCUCUUUCUUUCUCGGCCCAAUGUUUGAGUGGGUUGAAAACGACGAUGACAGUGUGCAUGCUAAAGCUACGCGCACCUAUUUCUCAAUGGAUGAGCUUUUCGCGUGCAGCAUAGAGUCUGGAUCUACGGGCAAUGCCUGGGAUCGUGCAGAGGACAAGUUGCUUAAGGUCUUCUUGGAGAACUCGCCACUUCUUCAUUAUCAUUCUCGAUUUGUUCUCUGCCCGCCUGACUUUGACUCUCAGAAUGUUCUUGUAGACGAGAAAGGGAACGUGACAGGGUUGAUUGACUGGGACCAUUGCCAGACAAUGCCACCUCACCUCGGGUACGCUGCUUAUCCAGGAUGGCUCACCAGGGACUGGGAUCCUUUGAUGUAUGGCUGGCCCCAUUACCAAAAGACUGAGGAUUCGCCAGAAACCCUUCAACGAUACCGGGAACAUUACAACAAAGAGAUGUGUAAAGCUUUGUCGGGGCAAGGAGACUGUGGUGUGACGCAAGACAGCCAUAUUGCUGAAGCCAUUGCCAUUGCAGCAUUCAACUCUAUGAACAGGCUAGAAAUCUGUUGCAAGUUUGUCCAAGUUGCUCUAGGUAUAGACAAAGACGACUCUAUCAGUGUUGUUUUGGAUAUUGGGGAGGAUGAUUACGACAAAGGAAAGUGGAAUGAGUUGGAAGACAAGCUGAAAGCUUUGGUCUGCCCCUCAACCACACCCUCACGACAAGUUGAAUGA